UGCCAAUAUACCGAAAAUAUACCUAAUGGGGUUAAUGUUUCUUUUUGUGCUUUUAUGUUAGUACAAAAGUUAGAGUUUGUUAUGUAGUGGAAUAUGUAAGAGGUCCGUACGGGAUUUGCUGACCAUCUUCUCGUUAUGAACCAUGUUAAAGCCUUACUUCAACAACCGGAAGAGUGGCCCGCCAUUGAACAUGGAGAAUCUGUUUGUACAUCGCGUUGACGAUGGCGAAUUUCCGGCGGAAUUGCGGUCACGGACGCCUAACACGUUCUGGCGUUCCCCAUACACUGGUGACACCGGAAGUCAAGUCAACAAAUCAGUUUGUCUGAAGCCAAUGUUGACAAUCACAACGCCGCUCAAACGACCCAAAAUUGAUAACGGCGGACAUGUUAAAAGCAUAUUGAAAAACAAACCGGGGGACGAAUCAUUUGAGGACAACACAAAGGAUGAAAGUAAACCAGUUCGGCCUUUGUCCGAGCCACAAACUCCAAAACUGAUUACGACCGGUACAGGUCAAGUAAUGCCGCAUGGCGCAGGUCCUGUACGUUCAAAAACGGCGGGAAAACGUGUGCAAUUUUCGUCUGUGACGGUAAAAGAAACCAAACGUGAUAUAACUAGUAGCCCGGUGAGCACAAACAACCUACAUACAUCUACCAUCAUCCCUUUCAAAGGUAGGCGGUUAUUUCUGGAUAAAAACAUAUCAACUCGAAUAUUAGGAACCCCUGCUAGAACCGCCACUAAAUGGCAGAAAAGAGGUGAAAGUGUGACAGGAUUCUCUCUAAGUGGCGGGGAAGCUAACAUAAAGUCGCAGAUUAAUGCAUUUAUAAGGAAACUCAAACUAGCGGAGUGUGAACGUGCGGCGAAAUCUUUUGACGAUUCCAGCAGGACGAUCGUCAUAGAGGACGAGACCUCUCAGAGGAAAACUGCUGACAAACUUCGAAGGUUAAGGUCAUGUCCCGAGGUCCCUAUGAGGCCAGACUGGAGCGAGUACGAUAUUGACAGGACACCGACUGUAAAAACGAAACUGACCUCUUCCGAAGUAUCUGACAAAAAAUCUCGUAACAAUGUCGACGACGAUCAGUCGGAUUCGUUAUCAGAAUCCGUUUCCAUAGAGAGUUUCGAGUCCCCUAAGGAGGACAAAGUUGUUGAAAAAACUCCCAGCGGGGCGAAAAUAUUCCGGCCCAAACCCAUGGCCUCCCUGUACACAAAAUACAGACACAUCACAACAAACGAGCUCAACAAAUAAGGUAAUUCGUCGGCGGGCAAGUCCAGGAACUACUACCGACUGUCAAGCCUUGGACGCAACUCUACAAACUUCUGUGACACCCGGAAGACGGACCAGAUUCUCGGGUGGCUAGAGGAAGUGCGCACCGCCAACACAGCGGAAGAGGAUGCUGGGACUAAAGGCAGCAACGACAGAUGACAACCUGUGUCUCGCAAGCUCUGUUAUUAUGUUAGCAUUUAUUUAAAUUAUUUUUAUCUAAAUAUCGUUCUUAAUUGUUUCACGACAUUUUGCCAUGUUUCACCUGCUUAAUUAGGAAAAGACUACGCAGCCAGAACCAAGCGGGGUCAUAUUCGCUUGUAUUGGUGUUAACGGUCCGUGUUCCCAUGCACGUGUACGUGGUGAAAUUGAAGUACACGAAUAUAGGUCAUUAUUUAAAAUGUUCGUGACUAGCUAACGCUAAAUAAGCUGAAUUCUUAACAUUUCCGCCAUUUCUUUUCAAAUUCAAAUUGCUUUCGGCAAAUUCAACAGUUUACUCUUUUUUAAAUGUUCUUGUUAUUUAUCAAAAACGUUUAUCUUCGACGUAUAUAUAGUUAUAUAUAUAUACAUAUAUGAAAACGCAUGUUCCAUGUAUAUGCAACAAUAGAGUGGUUGCGAAACACUACUUGUACGGGUACGUGUACGUGUGGGCCUCAUUUUUACACUUUGUCAUUCACCUAUGUGUACAAGGUACAAGCUUAGCAUGACAUGUAUGAAAGCAUGGGUACAGGGAUGUAUAUGAUUGUCAACGAAUAUACCCGUUACCAUUCUCGUACACAAGGGCAGGUAUUCAAUAUUCAACUUAAGUCAACCUUAUGGUCAUACAUCAUUGACUUCAUUCACUAUAUUAUCCAGUUAUUUAUAACAAGUAAUCCGAUUAGCUACAUCGUUCUUAGAUCCAAUUAAGACCAAAAUUGAAUAUCAGCCCACGGCGUUGGUGCUAUGCGUACAUACCUAGGAUGAAUGAGAAUGGCACGUAAAGGCUUAGAAUAAUAUCUAUCAAACGACGAUUAAACGCAACUGCAACUUUCACGUGUACAAUAAAUGUAUAGUACACGUCGUGUUCCGCAACCUAUCGUAUUGUCCUAAAGAAGUUGUACAGUCGAAGCUCGCUAUGUCGAACUCUGUCAUCUCGAUGUUCCGGUUAUAUCGAACAUUUUUUUUCGAAUAUUUUUGGUUAAAUCCAAUAUGGUUUGAUUUUCUGUUGUAUCGAAUGUCCGUUAUCUCGAAGUAAUAACCGAGUUUCCAACGACUUCGACAUAGCGAGUUUUUACUGUAUGUUAAAUGCCUCUUCCUUAGUUCCACAAGUAGACCCAACGGGCAUGCCUUGUACUGUAAUUCCUAAUGACCUAAGGCUCAAACAACGGAUGGAUCAUUAGUAGGUGUACUCACUUGUUAUCUCAUGCUCGAAGAAAUCUAUACAUGUCUCUAAUAAAACUGAUGGAGUUUCAGAAUUGUUUUAAAUUACAUGUCUCUAAGAAAACUGAUGCAUUUUCAGAAUUGUUUACAUUUCUGCAAGAAAACUGUUGUAUACAUGUCUCUUAUAAAACUGAUGCAUUUUCAGAAUUGUUUACAUAUCUGUAAGAAAACUUAUGCAUUUUCAGAAUUGUUUACCGAUCUCUUAGAAAACUGUUGUAUACAUGUCUCUUAUAAAACUGAUGCAUUUACAGAAUCGUUUACAUAUCUGUAAGAAAACUGAUGUAUAAAUAUUUUUCUUAGAAAACUGAUGCACGUUCAGAAUUCUUUAAAAUUUCUUAUUUGUUAGAAAACUGACGCAUUUUUGGAAUUGUUUACGUGUCUCUAAGAAGAUGUAUACAUGUUUCGUAAAACGGAUGCACAUUGAGUUGUAUGGCAUGACAGGCGAUGUUCUUUCAAAUUAUUCAAUAACUGACUUUUUGUAGUUUAUGCCUUGCAAAUAUGGCUGUAUUAAAGUACUGACAAUACUUACACAAAGAUUAUUUUGGCAGUAUUUGUAGGGCGGACAUGAUUUUGUUUAUAUCGGAUUUAUCAAUCUUCCAACUGGAAUAUUAAUUAAUUACCAAUUGUUAACCUUAUUAUUCCGCUAGUUUGAUGACGCUGAUAACGUACUUCAAAAUGGCACCAUUUUAGGACAGACUGAUCAAAAUCUAAGUAAAUUAUAUGUAUCAUGUUAACGGCUCGUGCAUGACCGCUUGCUUAAAGACAACAUGCAGUCAGCACGUGAAUUUCAUAAUUACGUACAGUCAACAAUUUAUUUACGAUCGACUUAUUUAGUUUUACCCUUUUAUAUAUUUCCCAUACAAGCAGAACUACUGUCAACAAUACAUUGUUCAUGUCUUUAUAA